AUGGUGUCAUUCUGGCCUUGGAAGGGUAGCGAAGAUGCUGCCUCUUUCGAGAGGACGCUCAACACUCUCACCGGCAAGAUCAACAGAGCUGCCGCGCGCAAUGACAAGCAGAAGCAGCUCUCGCGACGCGCACGCGUCAUGUGGACGCUUUAUGCCGGCUUCGCGUAUAUUCUGGUUGCUGUGAUGCUCACUUUCGUGACGGGUUGGCAGAAUUGGGGUCCCAUUGAGGGAAGCGUGGUGGCUGGCGGGCCAGUAUUGCUCUACGGCAUCCGCUACGCGCUUAUGGGCUACUUCGACUACCGUAUUCGCAACACCGAGAACUACCUCAAGAAGCUGAACAACGAACGCGACGCUACCAUCGAGCGACUGAAGGAAGCUACCAAGUUCAACUCGACACAACAGUUGCUUGAAAAGUAUGGAGCGUCGCCCAAGCAACCCGAGCAGCCACAACAAGGCAACUCCCCAGGUCGCAAGAAGUCUCAAGGCCCUCAGAAGCCAGCAUUACCUGCAGGACCCCGCACUGGCAUGGCCCCUCCGCCAACAGCAAACAUCCAGCGACCUCAGUCACAGCAAGUCCCGAAUACCCCGCAGAGGGCGCCGUCGAACGUCUCGUCACCCCAAGGCCCGUCUCCACCGCAGCAACUGCCCCCACCAGAAGCUCCGGGAGCUGAAUUCGCGCCAAAUGCUUUCAGUACUGGAACUGAUCUGACCAAGCAGUAUACCGCAGACUCACCCGCUGCUUUUACACAAACCCACUGGUACGACCGCAUCCUCGACGCUCUUCUUGGCGAAGACGAAACACAGGCUAAGAACCGCUUCGUCUUGAUCUGUUCAGAGUGCAGACUCGUCAACGGACAAGCACCACCCGGCGCCCGCACCCUCGAAGACGUCGGUCGAUGGCGAUGCGGUGGAUGCAGUGCGUGGAACGGGAAGGAGAAGCCUCGCGAAGACGAUGUUACACGUCUUGUGCAAGGCUGGGAGGCUGAGCGGAAAGCCAAAGAUGCUGGUCGGAGGCAGAGCGUAGAUAGGGGGAUUGAUUCCGAUAACAGGGAGACAGAGGAUGAUGGUGGUAUCAUUGUGGGUGCGGAUGAAAGUUCGGGUGUGGAUGUUGCGGCUGAUAGUGCGGAGGAUACGCCGCCGCCUAGUCGAAAUACGAGGAGUAAAUCGAGGGGGAAGGCGAAGAAGUAG